GACAGCCGCGUCCCGGUGCUAGGCAACGGCGGCGCGCGCUGGGAGGCGGGGUCGGGGCUCGUGGCUGAGGCCCUGCGCGGGUGCCUUUGGAACUGAUUUUCAGGAGGAACUUAGAAACAUUUGGAGAAGGAAGCUAGAAGCACUUCGAAUGACAUAAGCAGAACUUGUUGAGAAAUUCUGGUCCCCAAGAUGGAAACUGAUUACUUGAAAAGGUGCUUUGGAAAUAGCCUGUCCCAGGCACUGGCAGAGGUGGCACAGGUUCAGCCCAGUGACCCAAUAGAGUACCUGGCUCACUGGCUUUAUCACUACAGAAAAAUUUCAGCAGGCAAACAAAAGAAUAGGCAAGAGAAGAUCCAGCUGCAAGAGGAGUAUCAUCGUAGCCUGAAGGAAAAGGAAAUCAUGGAAAUGAUGAAACAAGAAGAGUAUCAAAUCCAACAGCAAUGUGCAGAAUGUCACAAGGAACAGAUUUAUACAGAGAAGGCCAUGUUCAUGCAGGAGGACACAGACCUUUCUGAGAAGGAGGCCCUGGAGCAAGAAUCCUUGCCAGGUACUUCUGAUAUGAUUACAGAAGUACCUUAGUGGAGCCCUACUACAGAGUCAGCUGGCCAAACUUCAGCAGAGUGUUGACACUCCACAAGAAAUAAACUUUGAGAAGAUGUUUGUUUCCUCUUGAAACUGUUCAUGAAACACCUCCUCACUCCAAAUCCCCUCCUUAGAGGAUCAGAAUGGAGAGAAUGCAAAGGACCAUUCUCUUAACCCUGCAAGCCAAGAAAAUGACCAGCAAGAGGAGCUCUCGCUUAAAUCAAGACUUGAGGGAUGAUGAAAGAGGUGUCUGAAGGUUCUCUCCAACCCAAGGACUGGUCUGCUAGCCAGGAAACCCCUAAAUCAUGAGAAAAUUUGCACAAGUUAGAGGAUAAAGUCAUCUCACAAUAAGGAUCAAAUCAAGUGACAAAACUGAUAAGACUUGUUUUUUCCUCUUGUUUAAUUAUUUUGUUUUUUUAGAUUAUACAGUAAAAUGCUUCCCUGAGCUCAUGUCUUAA